AUGGCUCACGAUGGUUUCUCGGUACCCUAUACAACAAAGCUAAUGUCACCGCUGCAAGAUGGACAAACGAUCAAUCUCCGUGGACAUAUCAACAAUGACGCUAAGAGCGUUGAGGUGAACUUUCUCCGCGGCCAUUCCGAUCUUCCCGCCGCUGAAGCUAUCCUCCACGUCAAGUUUCUCUUUAGCGACAAGAAAUUCGUCUUUAACAGCUAUCAACAAGGACAAUGGGGAAAAGAGGAGAGAGUCUCAAUGCACGUAAAGCCUGGCCAGGACUACGAUCUCCGUGUUCGAGCCUUGAGUGAGCAUUUGGAAAUCCGAUUGAAUGGAGAUAAGAUUCACGAGUACAAGAAUCGCGCUCCAUUCACCAUGACCGAGUAUUUUCAGGUGAAAGGUGAUUGCACGCUGAGCGAAGUUCAUUGGGGUGGUCGUGUUUACAAUCUACCCUGGGAAACCGGGUUUGCUAAUGGGGCCAGUAUGCCUGCUGGACAACGCAUCCAUCUCUACGCAAUUCCGAAAGGCGACUGGAAAUUAGACUUUAUUGCGAGAAAUGGCGAUCUUCUUUUCCAUUGGAAUCCUCGCUUUAAAGAAAAUGCGAUCGUUCGAAACUCCAACAAGAACGGAACUUGGGGACAAGAGGAACGCGAGGGACCAUUCCCAUUCAAAAAAGAGCACGGAAAUGACAUCACGAUUGUCAAUGAACCUUACUCGAUUCAGAUCCACGUGGAUGGUCACCAGAUCGGCACUUUCCAACAUCGUUGCGCCGAUCCCGUCCACGACUACAUCGGAUUUCGUGUCGAUGGAGAUGUUGACAUCACCAACGUCGACUUCAAGCAUCCA